AUCCUCCAUUAACUCAAGAGAAGAAGAAGAAGAGGCGAACAAUACUCUUGUUCUAUUCCCUGAAGGAGUCACACUGCUGGAGCUAACACUGCGUUUCUACAUCUAACUACCGCAGUAACACUCACGCAUUCAUGGACAACAGAGGCUACGGCUCGGGAUACUCCAGCUGGGGAGGUGGAGGGUCAGGCAGCAGAGGCUCUGGUGGUUUCGAUCUGUAUGGGGGAGGUUACAAAGACUCCAUGUCGGGGCUCGGUGGCUAUGGAGGAGGAGGGGGAGGAGGCGGAGGAGGAGGAGGGGGCCACAUGAAGAGGGGUCUCUCGGGAUCGUCCCUGCUCUCAUCAACGGGCACACAUGCAGAUGCGGUCAUUGCAAAGAUCAACCAGCGCCUGGACAUGCUCACUCAACUUGAAGGGGGCCUGAAAGGGACUCGUGGUGACAGGUAUGACCAGUACGAGUCAUUCGACUCGCGCACCUCCGCCCCCUCCUCCUUCCGAGAUCUCUACAGAUCUGGUGGCGGUAGCUAUGGUUAUGGCGAUGGCCGUGGGGACAACAUGCUGUUGGGACAGCGAGGAGGCUCGGGCUUCGGAGGGGGAAUUGGGCUAGGGGGAGGAGGAGGCUUUGAAAGCCCCUCCUCUUCCUAUGGAGUCGCUAAAAUGCGACAGAAUAUGAGGGAGUCCUUCAGCAAUGUCCAGGGAGGUUCUGGAGGAGGAGGAUGGGUCGGAGCGGGCCGACGUUCCCCCAGAAGGGGUGGAAGUGCCGGGGGUCGAGGAGCUGGAGGAGGGUUUGGAAACCGCAGGUCUGACCCGACUCCAUUAGGCGGAGGCGGGCGGGGAAGUGGUAGUGGUGGCGGCGGUGGCCAGUCCCACCAUGGCCACUCUCCAGGAGGUGGUAGAGGCAAGCUCCCAUCCCUCCUGUCCAACCGCAUGUACCCUGAGAGUGGGGGCUUCCACCAGGGCUCCAUUCAAGGCCCUCACGACUUUCCUGGGAGGCAUUUUGGAGGGGGCCCACGGGCAGGCCGCCAGCGAGGCCGCAAGAGACCCCUCAACAAACAGGUGAAACCUCAGCGGGAAGUCCAGAAGAAGAGGAAGCAGACGCCGACUGCAGGUGACGAGCCUGAGUCAAAGAUGAACAAGACAGAGAGUGAAGGGAUGGAAGCUCCCCAAGAAAAAGUUGAGAAGAACGGUGAAGCCAGUGAGCCCAAGGCCGCAGUGGAGGAGCCUGCUGCAGAGGGAGACAAAGCUCCAGCAAAACAGGAAGAAAAGAAAAGUCCUCAAGGAAAACAGACCUCGACCCCGGGCCAGGACAAGCACCCCAAAAUGAGGAAGAGAAGGGGCUUCCUGGAAAGGGUAAUGUUUGCAUGCUCUGUGUGCAAGUUCCGUUCGUUCUACAAGGAGGAAAUGGAGACUCAUCUGGAGAGUCGCUUCCACAAGGACAGCUUUAAGUUCCUGUCCAGCCAGCUGUCCAAGCCCACCACAGACUUCCUCCAGGAGUAUUUGCUGAAUAAGUUCAAGAAGACAGAGCAGAGGGUAGGCCAGCUGGAAAACCACAGCGCAGCCAUCUGCCAGGUCUACAAAGAGCAAGACCUCACAAGAGAUCUGGGAAUGGAGCACUUCAUGAGGAAAGUGGAGGCUGCACACUGUGCAGCUUGUGACCUUUUCAUUCCCAUGCAGCCCCACCUGAUCCAGAAACACAUCAAGUCUCCUGACCAUAACUACAACAGAAAGGGCAUGAUGGAGCAGUCCAAGAGGGCCAGUUUGUCUGUUGCUCGCAGCAUCCUCAACCACAAACUCAUUGGCAAGAAGCUUGAGAGCUACCUCAAGGGUGAAAACCCAUUCCUCGGCAACCAAGACGACCAGGACCCAGAGGACUCCAUGGUGAUGGACGUGUCUGAGCUGGAGUUGACCAAUGAGACAGCGGAUGGCCAGACAGACAAGACAGCAACAGAAGAACUGACCGCGGAGGAAGAGGCUGGCCAAGAGGCUGUUGAGGGUGAAGCGGCGGCGGCAGUAGUGGAGGAGGAAAAGAUGGAGGAGGAGGACGGGGAGCCUGUCGUGGAGGCAGAGGGAGAGGAGGAGCAGGGCAACCAGGAAGAGGAGGAAGGUUUUGAAGUCGGGGAAGAGGAAGAGGAGGGAUUCGUGGUUCAUGAUGAGAUUGGCGAAGAGGGAUUACCCGGCGAGGAAGAGGAGGAGGAGGAGGAUGAAGGAGUAGAGGGAGUAGCGGCAGCAGAGGGCGAUGAGGAAGCGGAGGAAGUUGAGGAAGUAGACGGGAAAGAUGAAUGACUUUCUCAGCACGGACCAGUUGAUGACCCUUUUAACCCCAUUUCAAUGCCAGGCGCAUCUUAAAGAAUAAACCUUCCUGCUCCUUCCAUUCUCCACCGUCUAAUGACUUUAAGCACGUCUUAUUUUUAUUUUGUUUUUAGUUCAAGAUUAGUUCUUAAUUUUGGGAAAUUCUCUUAUUCUCUUACCUUCUGAGUGUUACAAGAUUACAUUACUGUGUUAUAUUUUUCUACCCGCUCUCUUUUGGGGAUGUUGGUAGAAAGCAGACUUGAGGGAGCCAGCCAGUGGUCUACCCAAACUAUUUAUUUCCUCACUUGAACUCAGUCAGACAGCAAACAGGCGUAUUUCCCCGAACAUUUCUCCUUAAGACUUUUAUUUGUGCCUUUUGUUUAAAGUACUUUUUUUUUUUUUUAUUAUUCCCUUGCUUAGAGUUGCCUGAAAAUUCACAAGUAUUGUUGAGUGGAGGGAUAUUGUGUAUGUUUUCUUAUUAGCGUUAGCAUUCUGUCAGUGAUGAGCAUUGAUGAUGAUUUUCCAACUUCCUGGUACAAUGUAGAGCAGGUGUGGGAUUGAUAUUCUGCAGCUGAGAUGAUAACUGAGGACGCUGUGUCUAUGAAAUAUGGACUAUUCAUAAUUCAUAUCAACCAUGUAACUAUCUUGUUUCACUCUGAGUAGGAAAUAAACUUCUUGAAUAAAAAAAACGGUUUCAUCA